CUAGAAGAGUGACUCUUCUACAGGUAGAGAUUCAGAGUGCUUGGAGUCAUGAGGCAGCUGUGGUUGACUUUAAUGCUCUUAGUGGCCUGCGGCCACGGGGAGACAAAAGGUGGGCUGGGGAUCAAGCUGAAGUGCUGGCGGUUGCCGGGGCGGAUGCGCCAGCUGGACGCCGGACAGGGCAGGGUGUACGGGAUAGGCCUGGACCAAGUGCCCAAGAGGCUGGUGAACAAGUGCUGGUCACCCCUGGAUGGGCACAUGAAGCACAUCACUGUGGGACCCGCUGGGGUUUGGGCGACCGACCUGGAGGGCAACCUCUACACCCUGGAGGAGGACACUUGGAAGCAGAUCCCAGGGACACUGGAGCAGGUUGACGCAGGGGGAACCGGUUUUCUGGCAGGGGUGAAAGACUGCCAUCUUGCCUUCUGCGCGGAUAUUGUGCCGGGCUCACCAAGCCUCGGCUGGACCCUCAUACCCGGCAAGCUAAGGUACUACUCCUGCGGGCCUGACGCCUGCUGGGGGGUAGGCGAGGCCGGAGAGGUCUACGUCAGGACAGGUGUGCAGACGGGCGACUGUGCCGGGAAACUGGGGACUGUGGACUCGAAGGUCCGCAUGUCCAAGGUGGAGGUCGGCUUUGACGGGUCGGUGUUUGCGCUGAGCUCCACGGGCGUGCCUUACGAAAGAGUUGGUAUCAGCGACAGUAACCCACGGGGCACCGAAUGGGUACGCCUGCGCGGCCUGGAGCCUAUUCACAGCCUCACCUACGACAGAUACACACUCUGGCUCAUCAACAACGCAGGAGAAGUCCGCCGCUGCAUUAAAGUCUCAAACUAGAAGUAGUUAUCUUGCAUCAUUCACCACCAGAAAUGCAACACAAGCUUUCUCUUCUGUGUGAACAGUCAUUUCGAAUGGGUGGAAAUCCAUACCCAAAUACAGAUAUUAAAGACGAUAUUUAGUUAAACGUUAUGCAAAUUCACUAUAAAUUCACUAACUGCUGUGCAAUUAGGCUACCUUAAUUGCGUUAAAGCAGCACAACAGUGAAACAUGAUUAUUACAAUUUCUGCACAGCCUCCUGAA